UCCUCUUCUCUUCUUAUCAUUCUCUGCCUCUUUCUCUUUCUCUUUAUUUUGAUUCUGUGUGAAAGAAGAAAGAAAGAAAGCUCGCGAAGUUUCAACAAUGGCAGACAUAACCCAUCCUCCCAUGGAACAGCUCCAAGACCUUGAAUACUGCAUAGAUUCUAAUCCUCCAUGGGCUGAAACUGUUCUGUUAGCAUUUCAGAACUACAUAUUGAUGCUGGGCACAACUGUAAUGAUCCCUGCAUUUCUUGUCCCAUUAAUGGGUGGAACUAAUGGUGAUAAGGCACGGGUGAUACAAACUCUUCUAUUUGUAGCUGGCAUUAACACACUUCUCCAAGCGCUUUUUGGAACCAGGCUGCCAGCUGUUGUUGGAGGUUCCUAUGCUUAUGCCAUUUCUAUACUUUACAUAAUAAAUGACUCAUCCCUGCAACAAAUUAGUGAACCCCAUGCUAGAUUUACACAAACAAUGCGAGCUAUCCAAGGGGCUUUAAUUGUAGCAGCAAGCAUACAAAUCAUCCUAGGUUACAGCCAAGUUUGGGGUCUCUUUUCACGUUUUUUCAGUCCUCUUGGUAUGGCACCUGUGGUUGGAUUGGUUGGUUUUGGGUUGUUUCAACGAGGAUUUCCUGCGCUAGGUAAUUGUGUAGAAAUCGGGAUACCAAUGCUAUUGUUGGUCAUUGGAUUGUCACAGUAUUUGAAGCAUGUGAGACCACUGAGGGAUUUACCCAUUUUUGAACGGUUUCCUAUCUUGAUUUGUAUUACAAUCAUCUGGAUCUAUGCGGUUAUACUGACUGCGUGUGGGGCCUACCGCAACAAACCUCCAAUGACUCAAGUCAGUUGCCGUACAGACAAAGCUUAUCUCAUAACGACUGCCCCAUGGUUCAUGUUCCCGUACCCUCUGCAGUGGGGCCCACCUACUUUUUCAGCGGGACAUUCCUUUGCCAUGAUGUCAGCGGUUCUCGUGUCAAUGGUUGAGUCCACUGGCGCAUACAUGGCAGCAUCUCGGCUGGCAAUUGCCACUCCACCUCCCGCCUAUGUUUUGAGCCGGGGAAUUGGCUGGCAGGGUAUUGGUGUUUUGCUUGAUGGUCUGUAUGGAACAUGCACUGGUUCUACCAUAUCAGUGGAAAAUGUGGGACUCCUUGGACUCACCCGAGUUGGAAGUCGCAGGGUCGUUCAAAUUUCUGCUGGCUUCAUGAUAUUCUUCUCCACCUUAGGUUGGUACAUGCAAAUUAUGAAAACACUGAAUUCAGGUGUUAAGAGUUUCAAUUAUCACAGCCCAUAUCCAUAUAUUGAAAUGCAUAAGCCUUUGUCUUUUGAGUAUCAAAAAUUGAUGGUUUGAUCGGUAGAAAUCAAGUCCAUUGUGUUUUGGAUUUAUUUAUUUAUUACUUAAACGACAUGGUUAUCAAAAUACCGAUUAAGAUAAUCCAUUUGGGCAUAAUUGAUCCAAAUCAUGUAGAAAAUUCCUUAUACGUAGGACCUUUUGAUCUUGAUAGUUCGAUCUUAAGCCUGUGUUUGGUUCAUAGAUUUGGGUUGGGAUUUGGAAAGGGAAAUGGAAAGGAAAAAGGUGUAUGAAAUGUAAUUAUAUUCCAUUCACAUUUCACCUACAUUUUCUUUUUGUCUUUUGUGUGUAGUUAUAUCAAGCCCAAUACGUAGCAAGUCUUACGGGUGCCAUAUCACCAAAACUCCACCCACGUGGCAGACCAAUAGGGCAUUUCAUGGGCAUGUCAUAUGUUUGAUACAUGGCGAGCCCUAUGGGCGUAAAAUAAGAAAUUGAAAGAUUUCGUUGAAAUUGUUCGUUUGAAAAUUUCCCAUGUGCCAAGUGUCACGGCCUUGGAUUAUCCAAGCCAACCGUGCGGCCUUAGAUGCUUAUCAACCCACUUGGUUGCACCUAAGUUAGCCUUCCCCAUUCGACCACACUAACUAAAACACAAAGUUUAGGUGGAAGAAUGUAUUCACUAUAUAAGUAUAGUUGUGUACAAAGCUUUACAAGGCUCUCACUCUCACAAGUGCUUUACUCUUACAGCUCUCUUGGAUCUCCUCUCUUGGAUCUCCUACCAAUGAGACUCCUCCCCUUAUAUAGCCAUCCACCUCCUCGAUGGAUGGCUAGUAUCAUUUUGAUCCAAGGGCUACAAGCCCUCCUCUAG